AUGUCGAGCAAUAGCACAGAGACGAAGGAGCCGUCGGGUCCAAGAGGCGGCACGCUUGUUAUCGCCAUCAUUGUGCCUUCGGUUCUGAUUAUUCUGUUGAUUGUCCUUAUCAUUGUCAAUCGACGCAGAGGUUUUCUCCUCCCACGACUGGCCCGCGAAGAACGGCGCGUGCGCGAGAACGGUUGGCAGACGCGGAAAGAAGAGUUGGAAAGUCGAGUCAAGGCGCAGUAUUUUUCUAAGUGGGUCGCCGGCCAAAAGGAAAAAGGGUCUGGGGCGCCUCAAAUGUCAGAUGCAUUAUGUGCUAUUUGUCUCGACGAUUUCGCCGACGAUUCCCAGGUUCGAGGGCUCGAAUGCGCACAUGCGUUUCACUCACACUGCCUGGACGAAUGGUAUACAAAGUACAAUGAAUAUUGUCCGUUGUGCCAUGGUCCGAUAAUCCCCGGGGCUCGGUUACCGAAGAAGAAAGCAAGAGAAGUAGGCGAGCCGACGAUUCCGGUGAUUCUCAUGGUCUGA